GAACAGGAGGCAGCCGUUGUCAACAUGGUUCUGGCAAAUAAUGCCAUUAGGCUGCGUGAAGUCAAGGCAGCAGUGAUUGCUGAUCAGGGAGUAUUUAGGAACAUCCAUACUGUGAGUGAGGCCACAAUUGACCGCGUCCUCCGAAGGAAUCAUAUGGCCAUGAAACAGCUCUAUAGAGUUCCUUUUCAGAGGAACUCUGAAGCUGUGAAGGAGGCCAGAUGCCAAUAUGUGGAGCGAAUAAUGGAGCUUGAAGCUGAGGGGGCACAUCAUAUCUUCAUUUAUGUCGACGAAGCCGGCUUCAAUCUUUGUAAAGUAAGGAGACGAGGAAGGAACCUCAUUGGGAAUAGGGCCACUAUUACUGUUCCAGGGCAGAGGGGUGCCAAUAUAACUAUGUGUGCUGCCAUCUCCAAUGAUGGCGUCCUGUGCCAUAUUCCUACCAUUGGCCCAUACAACACUGAGCGUCUCAUAGCAUUCCUGAAUGCCCUUUAUGACAUCCUGAUCCCACCUCAGGAGCGAGGCCUGUUGAGGCCUGGCAUGCCACGGUUCGUGAUUAUCUGGGACAAUGUGGCGUUCCACCACUCUCGUAUUGUGAAUGAGUGGUUUGCAGUGCACUGUCGGAUGAUGGUACAAUUUCUUCCUCCAUACUCUCCGUUUUUAAAUCCCAUAGAGGAAUUCUUUAGUGCAUGGAGAUGGAAGGAAUAUAAUCACCGACCCUAUGAACAGAUGCCCUUGCUCAAUGCAAUGACUGCUGCUGCCCAAGAUAUAGAUGCAGAGGCAUGUCAAGGAUGGAUCAGGCAUGCUAGACGAUUUUUCCCUCGGUGCAUUGCACGAGAGAAUAUUGAAUGCGAUGUGGAUGAGGCCUUGUGGCCCAGGCUUCAAGAAAGAGGAGACUAGAAGAGACAGAAGAGUAUCACUUGUGGCUAUCGCUUAUACUCUUAUAGUAU